CUCCUAAUAACAAAGAAGACGGCUUCAAUAAAAUAUCUAAAAUGUAACUUCAGAAGGGAAAUAAAGGACAGCUUGAGGUUGCUUUGGUAAAGUGUAUUAGUAUAUUAAUAUGAUGGUGUAUGAGAGCUCAUUUCCCUAUAAGCUUAACCUUGCUACUUUCGUUCUUCUUACUUGACUAACUCUCACAUAUAUAUGUUUGUAUCUUUUCUUUCUUCCUUUCCUUUAUCUACUAUUAUCAUAAAAUUUAAAAACCCAAAAACACUGUGACUGAUCGUAUCAUCACUUUAAUAUACCUGAGCUACGGCUCCAUAUAAAAAAUCUUUUUUUUUUUCAUAGUGUCAACAUGAACAUUAGACAAGCAACUGUAGAAGACUUGAUUUAUAUUCAAAACUGUAAUUUAUUGGAUCUUCCAGAGAAUUAUCAAAUGAAGUACUACCUUUAUCAUGCUUUAUCUUGGCCACAGUUAUCAUUUGUUGCUGAAGACGAGAAUGGAAAGAUUGUUGGAUACGUGCUGUCAAAGAUGGAAGAAGAACCAUCUGAUGUACCUCACGGACAUAUCACAUCUAUCUCAGUUAUGCGUACAUACAGACGCUUAGGUAUCGCUCAAAAGCUAAUGAGACAGGCAACAACGCAAAUGCUUGAAGUAUUUGGUGCUCAUUAUGUGUCAUUACACGUUCGUAAAACAAACCGUGCUGCCAUCGGUCUUUACAGAGAUACUUUGAAAUUCGAUGUCUAUGAUGUUGAAAAGAAAUAUUAUGCUGAUGGAGAGGAUGCUUUGGCUAUGCGCUUGACUUUGAAAGAAACCAAGCCUAUUGUUGCUCGUAAGAUUGUUGAAGAGGUUAACCAAGUGAACACAGUUGAUGCACAUUAAUAUAAAUAUAUUUUUAUUCUACAUUUUCAUCAAUAAACUUUUUUACUUUUUCUAGUAAUUCGACCUUGAUUGACUCGAGAAUGAUGGAAUUGGCAUAAUCUUCAACUUCUUCAUAAAUCUGUUCAAAAGUGGCAUUUUCCAUAUGCUUUGUGCGAACCAUUUCUAUGUUUCUUGUUAACCUUGUUGCUUCCCCUUUAACUUAAAACUACACACCUCGGCAAUAAGCACUAAGCUGUUCAUUCCACUCUGUUUCUGCUAAUCGUUUUUCGAGCCAUUGUAGUAACCUGACAGUCAGUCAAAAUCAACCAGCCAUUUCCGUCAUGUGCGUUGGCUUACUUUUCUUUUUCUCCUGAAUCCACAAAGAGUUGGUUGACGAUUGUUCGCAAGUCUUCUGGAUCGGACAUUUGCAAACAAAAAGAAGGGAAAGAAAAAGUGGAC